UCUCUUCUACCGGGUUAGAUUUCCUUUCUCUUCCGGUUGUCGUCUGUUCGUGUGACAGGUUAACCAGUGUCGAAAUGGCGAAGUCGAAGAAUCACACAACCCACAACCAGUCUCGUAAAGCCCACAGGAAUGGCAUCAAGAAGCCUAGAUCUCAGCGCUACGAGUCACUGAAGGGGGUAUGUACAGCUACAGGUCUGUGUGGAUAGGUGUGUACAGCUACAGGUCUGUGUGGAUAGGUGUGUACAGCUACAGGUCUGUGUGGAUAGAUGGGAUGUUGUGCAUGUGCACUGAGAAAUCAGGUGUGCUUUGUAAUAUGGUGCUUGCAUUGUCUCUGUUUACAUGCAGCAUGCCAGUAAUCAGACUUCUCUUCUAGCCUGAUCUUAUUUUGGAUCCAUGGUUUAAUCUUUUUUGAUAUAUUAGUGAUUCUUCGAGUGUUGAUAGCAUUCAGACUAGCUUCAAGCUAAGGUCCACUUAACAGACCAGUUGUGGAAACCAGAUCAGAAUUAUGGAGGGUACUCUGUGCCAGUUUUUUUUUUUUUAAUUAUUAUGAAUAUGAUGCAUCCCUACU